CCGCAUAAAUAGGCCUCUACGCAGGGCCCAAUGCAUUAACUUGUACCAAUAUUUCACCACUCUGUGUCGAAUUAACCCGUUCAUGUUUCCCUUUGCAAGCUUAUGACUAUGCAUGUCUUGAAUAUUGUGUGAAGAUCGCUUGCUUCUUACUCUAACUGCACUGGUUUUCAAGAGAAUCUAUCUCCUGCAGGUUGUGACGACAUCGUCUGGGACCCACAAAAGUUGGGGCGCGAGACAGGCUGGGAUCAACAUCUGUCGAGAUUUCAAAAUGAGCAGCCGACCACAGCAUCAGUUAUUAGAGAUGGAGGGCAGAGAGCGACUAGCAACUGUUUCCGGCGGCGUGCCAUUUCACAGAGAGGACCGCUACAUCGGCAAGAGCUUGAUGCACGAAAGGUCGGACUCGGGGUUUAAUUCAGCGGCGUCCCUGGCAAUCCCCGAUGAACCGGGUAGCGAGGAGCUCCGAUGGGGGUCGUCCCACCUCUAUCGCGGUGGAAUGACCCAACAGAAGCACAGUGCUCGUGGAGUGGAUGGCACCGUGCAGCGAAGGUACACAGUGGGCGCGGAGAGUGGGUCACAAGAGCUUCUACGAACUCGUAGAUAUCCUAAGGGUCAGCAGGUUACAAAUGUGAGGACUGAAAGACACACUCGAGACCGACUGUCAGUCGUCCCGGACCGGCUGUCACGCCAUGAAAACAAUGACAUCAAUUUUGGGCACGAUAGAAUGCAUGGACAGGGAGCGGUUUCAGGAUUCAAGUAUUCUUCGUCGCUAGCUGACAAACCAGGAAGAGAUUGCCCAAGAGGAGGUUCUUCCUAUUUUCUCCGAGACCUUCAGGAUACCUGUUCAGGUAGUGCCUUUAUCAGCAAUCCUGAUUUAGGCCAUGGAGCCGAUGAUGACGGCCAUCGGUGCACGGUAUGGAGGGAGGCUGAGACGCGACAACCUCUUACUGGACGUGCUAUCGCGACCAUCUCUAGCUCUGAGGUUUGCAACAGGCCGUCUUCAACUAUCUGGAUGCCUGAUCGAAAACCCCGAUUACACGAAGAGGAAAGCAGACAACGCUCCUGCACUUCAACCCCAAAUUUAUUGAUCCCCGACUCGAUAAGAUUGGAGACCGAGGCCGAGGUUGCUAAACAUGGCCAGGAAGGCUCGCUCUUUUUAACAAAGAGCGCAUGGGGCAUUAGCUCGUACACCCAUGGAGGAUACUGGACAGGCAGUAAUUAUAUUACGAACGACAAAGCUCUCCGAAUUAACAGCAUGGGUACAUCCCUGCCCAGUGCAACAAGCUCACGCGGUGCCAUCUCCCUCCAGGACUGGGAAGAGCACGGGAGAGUACACAACGAUAUCUCCCAGCAGAAUUUCUCAUCAGCAGUUCCAGCGAAUCCAGUCAGGGUAGAGGGUUCAAACGGCGGUACACUGGCUGUGCAGGGAGGGCCAUCUUCUACACCUCUUGAUGUGAUUUUCAUCCGGAGAAUCCUAAGCGUUGCAAGCCACUGCAUCCCUUCACCGGUAUCGAUGAGGUCUAAUAGGGACUUCGACAUGCAAUACUCAGCUGAGAUCACUGAUGAUGCCUACCAACCACCUCAUGUGGAGGAAAAGAGGAAUCCACCAUCGCCAGAACUCGAGCCGUGCUCUGCUCACAUCGAAGUACCGUCAGAUUCCCGGGAUCUCAACCAGUAUGCCAAUUUUGAGAAGAAAGCGUAUCUGGAGGCCUUUGAUAUGAUGCGUAAAUGCGCAAUGAAUCUUUGUAUUGACAUAGUCGGGCGCGUCUUUCAGAUAUCCAACUUUGCUGGGGCUAUGCUAGACAGGCGAGGUGGGUACCUAUCCAUUGAUGAUCUGGAUGUCCAUCUGUAUGUUCCGUUUGGUGCCGUACCCGAUGGACCACCACAGCUGGUCUACAUCUUUGUGGAAGGUAACAUGAUCAAAGAUAAGGACCAACUCACUCCGUGCAUUCACUGUGGCCCCUCUGCUCUGCGCUUCCGCAAAGAUGUUUUUCUGACCUUCCCUCACUGCGCACAGGAUGCAACCAACCAUCUUUUCACCCUCACCAAAUCAAUGUCGGGGCGUGACAUUUGGAAAAUCCGCGAUGGCGUGGAUGGAUUGGUGUUGGUGAAGAGUCAUUCCAUCACCGUGACGAUGGAUCAUUUCUGUGGUUAUGUGGCAUGUGCUCUUGUCUCGGCCAAGUCCAUGUUGGCUUGCGUGUUUAUCAACGAGGACAUCACGGCAGGAAAAGCUGCUAUUCGACUCCGGAUCAUCAACAACACCAAAUCUGACCUGAGAGAAGUCGAGUUGAGUGAGAAAAAGCAUGACUUCUACCUUGCUGACAUGGAGGAGCAAAUUUGGGUGGAGCGAGAUGGAGGAGAUGUGAUCGCAACCUUGACGUCUGAAUCAGAAUGUUGGGAAAUCACCAAACCCGCAUGUGGCACCCACACGUUCAAAAACUGGUUUUUGUGGCGACCCAGUACUUCAGACCGUGUUUCGGCUUACCCGUCCAAACUGUUUUUCGCCAGCCGUAAUUCCUCUGUGAAGACACCCUUCAGAGCGUGUAUGACAGUCAAAGGCCACGUCGAAGUGGAAUUCCUUGUGAAGAGUCCUACUAAGGUACGUGUACAUGACUUGGCGUCUACCAAAAAGCUAGUUCAGGUAAUGAUGGACAAACUCCCUAUUCACAGAGACGAUUCGAUCACCUUCGAGCAUUUUUUACCUGAAGAUAUUUACCAGGACCUCUGCGAUGUGCUGGACUUGGAGAUGCCCAUUCCCGUCGAUUGGCGCCGCCUCCCUGAAAACCUGCCGGGACUGAGUGACCAAGGAUGCGGAUUGAUAAGGAGAAUUGAGAGUAGGGCUCGGCUUGAACGCCGCAGUCCAUGCGGGCUCGUUCUGGACGCCUUCUUUGCAGAAUCGAUGACGACUGGCAGAGGAAAGGCUGAAUCCUUGCGGGAUCUCAGACGGGCCCUCCACGAACUGAACCGUAGAGAUGUACAGUUCGCCAUCAAGGCUAUCGAUGUUCAGUUGAUGAGGUGUGGGGCGUACGUCGUCGCUGCCAGUCCUAGCCCAAACCAUGACAUCAACAACAAUGCCGAAAAUGACAGCAGUGUCUUGAUGGGAAGGAGCACAGGAGAAGGGCAGGGAGGAAGGGAAACUACAGGACAGUUGGGGACAAGAAUGAGUGAUUCUUUGCAAAGAUCUCCUGUGUAUGCUAGGCAACUAGGUGAAGACACAGCCACGGUGUCGAAACCGUGCUUUACCCAAAAAGAUAGCGCCUAUUCCAGUUUGGCCACUGCGUACUCUGACGAACAACUACAUUUAUCGGAAGUACGACCACAGUCUCACUGACACCCCCCAGGUAUUUUCAUGAUUAAGAUUUUACACGAAUGCCAAGGUUCUGAAUCAUUGAUUUCAACACGAAUUAAAAUGCACAACCAGAGAUGUGUUUAAUUAUUUAAAAGAUCAUGCGAUUUAAUCCUGAAAGAGCCGGGUUAUUUUGAUCCAGCUUACAGCCGAGGGGCGCCCCCAGAAUUUGUCUAUGCCUUUUGAAAUUCGGUAAAGACACUUCCUAUAUAUCAUUACAAAUUUGAAGUUCAAGGCUACAUGCGUGGCAGCCCGUGCAUUGGGCACAGUAGUGGAAAAGUAUACAUUUUUGGCUAAAACAUCUCGGGAAAAUGCGCCCUGCGCAAGAACGGUACAAUUGUUUUUCGCAACAUUGGUGUCAAAGUGAUCACAGAGAGUUUUAUGAAAACUCCCAAAGGCUCAAGUCCUUAAACAAAAAGGCACGGCAGUAAUAUCGAAAAAACAAACAAACAAAAACAAACAGACGUGCCGGGGGCGGCUAUUUCAGGGUUACAGUCAACCUCCGGUUGAACACUCUUUACAAGGACUUAAAUAGUCCACUGAAGUUGAUUUAGUCCUUUUGGGGCAUUCAAAUUUACCGGAGCUUCCAUUUACGUAAGAUGGAUCAUUGGGAUUUGUCAAGCAGAUGUUUUACAUAAAGGAAGCAAGGAGAUACAAGAGAUUUUGUACUGUAGAAUUAACUGAUUUUUAUGGGCGUGGGGUCUGUCCUUGUUACAGUUUGCAUACAAAAGCUACAUUAUUGUAGCUCGCCGAUGUUGUACAGGAAUUAUAAUCAGCUGUAUAAAGACCAUAAACGCUAGCUAGAUGUAAGAAAUCCAAAAUGGUAAUACAAGGGAAAUUAAUGAGGAAUAGAACAAAAUAUUGGAACAAAAUUGCUAAAAUGUAUUUUUGAAGUUACACAGUUUGAAUUAUUGAGGUUUUUCAAGUGACGUAACACUACGGGCGAAGGAAGCGUGCCAUGUCUGUAGAGGCACGUGCAGUUUCGAAUCUGUGUAUUUCAUUUGGCAGUUUCAUGUACACCAGCAUGUUGAGAUACUUCGAAGGCGCGCACAUUUCUGCACACACAUUUGUAAAUUGAACUCUGACCCUCCAAAUCACGUGACUGAGAAUUCUCUAUAGACUACAUUAUCUUUAUGCAAUUCUUAAUUAAUUUGUUGUAUCAUAUCUUUGAAGAUUUUGUAGGUUGUUGCCGUUCCGAUAAUUUCGUGUUUUAAAUCUUAAGCUUUAAAGAAAAUAAUCCAUUUUAGCCUUUUGAUUAGGAUUUGUCCAUGCAAUUGCUGCACAGCGCAUGCAUUGGCUUUAUUAAUCUGUUGUAUGGCAGGCCUACUUGGUUUUUUGGGUUGUUCAAAAAGGCUUCUUUUUCUGAUUCUAGGAAUGUUGCUUUUCCCUACUGUUUAAUUUUUUUUGGCCAGGUUGCACUGGUGUUUUGCACAGGUUUAUUGCAUUGUUGCACUUCAGUCUACAUUUUUGAAAAUCUUAAUGUAACGCUUAGUUGGUUCUUGUAUUGUUUUGCGUCCCUAUUUGUUUUUUGUUUUGAAAUUAUUGAUGGCUCUUAUUUCGUUUGUAUGACAUCUAAAUGUCUAGGCUUACCCUGACGAAUUCGAAUGUAAACAGAGCCCAAAAAGGACGUAGUUGCAAUCCUUUACCCAAGAUAAAGACCUGCCAUAUAGCGCCAACCUAGACUAACUAGCUCUUCCUUUAUAUUAUACGUGUAUAGCCUGCUGUGCUUAAUGGAUUAGGAACAGCUAUUCGUAUAUACAGAACUGCAGAUGGUUUGAUUAUUUGAAACCUGUUUUAUAUCAAACCCCUCCCAAACCAAAGCAUAUAUUCAAACGGAAAUGAAAUAAUUUGAAAUACAAAGAUUUAAGUGUGAACAAAAGAGGAACAAUAGGGAGUCCACGAUUGAAGGCGUUUACACACUUGUGUGUGUGUGUUUUUUUUUGGGGGGGGGGGAGGUGAUUCAAUAGCCCAUCCUGCACCUCAAAAGUAGGGGGACAUAUGCCCCCAUCUCCCCGGGAUUUACACCCACGAUAUUGAGAUUUAUUCGAGGUUCCCAAUGGUUCUUUUUCAAACAUUCACAUUCUAAAUGAUUUCCCCUUAAAAUAGCAGUUGGAUGAUCUGAUCACUGUAUAACUUAAAGAACUCACUUAUUCAAGGAGCUCUAUUGACGACUCUUUUCAGGAAAAAAAAUCAAACUUCGGACACUGCAAACUUCUUUUUUUAUUAAACGAACUUUUUCUAUUAUGAUGA